ACCCCAGCCUGCUCUAUAUUGCGGGUCCUCAGUCUGUUCCCUGCUUUCUCGAGCACGGACUGUCUGCAAUGGCGGAUUACGACAACUACGAUGACCGGGAUCGGGCUUACGGCAGCUUUGGAGGGGGACGAGGGUCCCGAGGAGGGGGCGGUGGUUCAGGAGGACCCCGCAGACAGAAGGAUUUGCCCACAGAGCCCCCCUACACAGCGUACGUAGGAAACUUGCCCUUCAACACUGUGCAGGGAGACAUAGACGUCAUCUUCAAGGAUCUCAGUAUGAGGAGCGUCCGGCUAGUCCGAGACAAAGAAACAGACAAGUUUAAAGGUUUUUGUUAUGUAGAAUUUGACGACUUGGAAUCCCUAAAAGAAGCCUUGGCAUACGAUGGCGCUCUCUUGGGUGAGCGUUCUCUCCGAGUGGAUAUAGCAGAAGGACGUAAACAAGAGAAGGGUGCUGGUGGCUUUGGUUUCAGAAAACCUGGCAUGGAAGACAGAGGCCGUGGAGGCUCCCGUGGACCCAGGGGAGGGGGCAGGGACACCAGAGAUUCCAGAGAGGAGUUCAGCAACUCUGGAGGUUUUCGAGACGAUGACUUCCGAGGUGGCGGUCGCCCCGGCGACAGGCGAGAUGGAGCAAGUGCUGGUGGGGGGAUGAGCCGGUUCAGAGAAGGACCCCCCCGUGGGUCCUCCACAGACUUCAGAGAGCCAUCAGAAGAGGAGAGAGCGCAGAGACCACGCCUCCAACUGAAACCUCGCACGGUCGCCGCUCCUCUUAACCAAGUCGCCAACCCCAACUCUGCCAUAUUCGGCGGGGCCAAGCCCCGGGAGGAGAUUUAAUAAAUCCGUGCAGCUGCAUUAUUCUGGAAGGCUAUACUGUGGAUCGACUGGCCAUGUUCACCAAAAAUCUUUCAAAGACUGCUCCCAAAGACUCCCCGCUGGUUAGGAAACUGGUUUCUCGCCCCUCUGCUGGUACACAAUGAAUGCCCAUGCCUGGUGCCAUGUCAGGGGUAGCCUUGGCAGCGACAUUGGCACAUGUCACCCCCAACCCUCCUUGUGUACCAACAUCAAAUACAAGUGCCACCGACAGUGGCUUCAGUUUGAUUCUGUUGCCUUUGGGUAAGGACUUUAAGAGGUUUAAUCCCUACCCCACCCCCCCACCCCCAAGGCUUAAUAUUUUCUGACAUGGUAAUAAAACAGACUAUUAAUAAGACAAGAUGGACAAAGCAAAUUUGCAUUGUCUGGGGGAAAAAAAUAUAUAUAUAUUUUUUUCUUUUUAAUUGGAGUGAAUUAAAUCUCUGCUGUCUGACAAAUUAAAGAAAAUAAUACUAAUAAAACUAACUAAUAAAUUUGAAACUGAUUUUUUAUUUAAAGGCAUACAAAGCAUCGGUGUGUUCUUCUUGGUUAAUUUAAUCUUUGUUUAGUUGAUACAGUGUUGUGUUUCUGUGAUGAUAGCCAGAACAGAAUGCAGAUGUCCUAUCUAGAAGGCCAAUCGGAAGCCCAGAACAUACCUAAACAUCAGCACUUUCUAUAACCUACAUGCAGGCAGUUAAAGCAGAAAGGUGCGUCUUACCUGAUUCAAGCUACUUCCUUAAUGUGAAUGUGCUGACAUGUUAACACCGUGCUCGUAAAGUUAACACCUUUCCAGGCUCUUGCUUCAAGACCGUAACACCUCUGUAUCUUCCAAACACAGUUUUUAUUUUAAAGUAAAACUAAGAAGCUUUAUUAUUAAAACCCAGCACUCUGUAUUGCUUUAAUGUCUAAUCCUCCCUUUCUGUCAUUCUAUGAAAUUUGAAAGAUUUUUUUGACCUUAGUCGGUCUAUCCAGAUGACUUUCUGCAGAAAUGAAUCGACACAGAAACCCUGCUUCUAUAGAAGAGCCACAGAUUAUACAGAAGGUGCAACAGAAAGAGAAAAAGAUGAAACUACUACAGCCCGUGUCGCUCGCAUACGUAUUUAAUCUUUUAAUCUUCUGCAACUAGCAUCGUUUAAUGGAACUGAUAUCUCAGAACUCAGUAAAUUGCAUUGCCUGCAUAUAGGAAGCUUAUUAAAGGCAUUGGAACCAGAGUCCCCUUUGUCCUCCCAUCUAGGUGGUGCUAAACGCAGAGCUACUCUCCAGGCCCCACUAGUGCUAGUAUACAAUGCUUGGGAAUCUGUGUGUUGCGGCCAAUUUGAUCUACUUCCAUGUUAAUAAAUUAGGCAUGACCUGUCAUAGAAAUAACUUUCCUCACUGUAUGUACAGAAGACAGUUAAUCAGUCAAACUUUCUUUUUAUUAUUAUUAUUAUUUUUUUUGGUCAGUGUUCUUGGCAAUAAAACAUAUCCCAUAUUACUGAUGCUUUUCAGAAUGUGUUGAAUUAUUUAAAGCUGUGUUAGACCGUGUUUGCUGUUGAAUGUUGUAUGGUAUUGGCUUUUCUGGUCUGAUGCUUUUGUGCAUAUUGGUCUACAAUUGUGCCCUUUUUAGUCAAACGAAAUUAAAAUAAAGGCCAGCUGCUUUUGUACCCUCUGCAACAUCGCUCGGAGAUCGCACAUCCUUUGUGCCACGGCUGAUGGGUUACUUUGGUGGUGGUCGGGGGGGGGUUGUUUUAAUCCAUAGGUACUUCCAGUGGUUUCCCUUUUGAAUAAAUAACCAGUGAGGAAACGAGAACAGAAAGCAAUGGAGAUGUGUUUGUGAAGGGAUGACCAAGAUUGCUUCCAUUGCAUUAACCCUUCCCUGUGUGUUCUCCCCGGCACUGGUUUUCUGGGUCUGAAUAUUCAUAAUAUUUCGGAUGGCAGCUAUAAAACAAAUCGGCUCUUUGGCCAGGGAGACUGACAAGCCUAGCGGUGCUCCAUGCCAAGCAUUGGAUUGAAUGGAAUAGGACCCCCCCGCCUCCCAUUGCCUGUCGGGUCCAGGUUUUACUUCAAGCUUAACAGACAAGCCUCAGCUUAAGACAAACUGAGGUGUGUCUGAUUCAGCUUGAAGUACAUGGCUCAAGCUCCUGUGCAAUGAGAGUGUGCUGUCUAUUCCAAUAUACUACCUUUUUUUUUUUCUUUCUUCUGAUAUCAAGUUUCCCAUUAAAUUAAUUAUUUAAGCAUCAUUUCACCUUUUCGGUAGGUGGGGGCUUUUAAUUCUGAUGUAAGAGUGAGUAAUGCUGGGGGGGGUGGGGUGGGGUGGGGGGUGUUCACCGAAGCCAGCACUUCGAUAAGCAGGGCUCUGUCUCUGUUUGUGACACCAGUGAAUUGGCAUUAGAUAAAAUGGGUUAGAUCCAUAUUAAAGUAGACCCACGGUUUGUAAAGCAUAUUAGAAGCAACUUUGGUCCCCUUAAAUGUAUGUAUGUGGACUGUGCUGUAAACCUGCAGUCUGCCCUUCUCAUCUUGGAGCCCCUGCAACAUACAGAACAGUCCCUUCACCUGAUCUGUGUGUAUACCAGAACCAUGUGUCUAACACUCUUAACUAGUAAGACAUGCAUUGUGUGGCUUCUCUUCAAUGUGGAUUUUUCUGAUGAUGCAAGACUUAAGUCUCGAAUGUGGGGGUGGGGGUGGGGAACAUUUAAAAAAAGAAAAAGCAGAUUGUUUUGUUUUAAUUAAACCAUCCCAUGUAAAUGAUGUUAUAACUUUUUUUUUUUGUCAACAGUUGACUUUUAAAUGUUAGAAAAUAAAUUCCUGACACUUCACACAUUCUGCUUCGUAAGGAAAAAAAAACUGAAUUUGAAAUGAUUUGGUAUCUUGUGAAUGAUCUUUUAAAUAAAAGAAAACCUUAAAUAA